CUGGAUUUUAAGGUGAAUCAUGUGACAGUUCUAGGAAAUAAAUUCAAGCGCAAAAUAUUGUUUUUAUUUUAAGGAGGUUCGAGCGAAACUAAGUAUUUCAAAAAUUUCCCGGGCUAAUUAUUAAUGCGCACUCCCGAAAUUAGCGCAUGCGCGCUAAUUCUAACAAUGGCGUCGCGCGGCAAGUCAGCAAUUCGAGGUAACGGUCAUUAUAAUUUAAGACCUUGGUUGUAAUGUUGAUAUUUAAUUACAAGUAUUUAAUUAAAAAAUGUUGAUUUAAUUAGUUUUUAAUUGCCGAGUUAAUAAGUGAUUUAUUGUGUGAGUAAUUAUUUUAUAGCGAGUUUCGGGUUUAAAAAAAACGUUUAGCUGGUGAAAUGUUGAUUCCGUUGCAGACAUGAGUUUCGGCAGAAUGUCUACAAGUUUGUUCAAAAUAGGACAAAAGUAAAGUGAUCUGAUGGUUGAAAGCCACAAAAAAUAAUAACCGGCUUAGGGGGGCCUCCUUGCCCCGGUCUCCCCUACUUUUUUUUAACUUUUUCAGAACACGAUUUUUUCGUCGCCCGUCCGCCCACCAGCCAAACAUCGAUAUAAAUAAACAGACUCACACGCGCAGAAUCGUUUCAUCAGCUGACAGUAUUAUAAAUUUUCACCCGUUGCAUCUAAAAAUACAUAUUUACUGGUUACAACUUAUUUUAAAAUUUUCAUUAUUCACAAUAUUACAAUCAUAGAAAUAUAUUGAUAAAAUGGAUAAAAUAAGUUUAGAUUCUUCAGCUGAUAUAUUGAAGCCCCGUCUCAUAAUACAGGAUGAAUCGGAUUGCCCGUUAUUGACACCAAGUUCAUCAGUAACACAUGACGAAACACCAAGUAGUGAACAAUCUUCAUCAAUAUUUAUAAAUCAAUUAAUAAAUAAUAAUAAAGAUUUAUUGAACCAAUCUGAAGAGAUAAAUUCAGUGGCUGCUGCUCUGAGUAAUUUAAACUCUGAAAAUGGUAUAAAAGCCUUUAUGGACAGUGUUGUUAAUAGUAAUAAUAAUAAAAUAAAUGAUGAAUCAAGUUCGAGAGAUCCGAUGGUUGAAUCAUCUAGCGAUAGUAACUGUAGUGAACAAAAUAUUAAUAAAGAGCCAGUAUGUACGCAAUUGUUGACUCAAUUGAAUACUGCGUACCAACAUUUGGCGCCAGAUGCUCAGGCUAUUUUUUGCAGCCAAGAAAAUGGUGGAAAACCGCCACUGGUUGGUGGAAAUGCAAUACAAUUGGUCAUGCCUAAAACACCAAAAGAUUACGAAUUCACGAGGUGGAAUUGGGUUAGAAUUAGACAAGUUUGUUUUUGGGGAAUGAUCUGCUUGUUAACUAUUACUACUACUUUUGCGAUACGCGGAAUUGUUUUAAUGCCACGCAGAUGCGAUCCAUCAACUGAAUGGUGGCAAGGAAAACUUUUCUAUGAAAUUUUCCCGGCUUCUUUUCAAGAUUCUUCGAAAAUCGGUGACGGCAUCGGUGAUCUUCAGGGAAUAAAUACCCGGGUAAAUUAUUUGAAAAACCUUGGAGUUAAAGCCGUGCAUUUGAAUUCAAUAUUUCCCUCCGAACAUUACCCUGAGCACUACUCAAACAUCUUGAGUCUGACUUCCAUCGACGAGAACCUCGGCCGCAUGUCCGAUUUUGAAAACCUCCUUAAAAAUCUUCAUCGCAACAACAUGAAAUUAAUUAUAGACCUUCCCGUUCACUAUUUUACUCAUUCAGCCAAGGAAAAAGUUCACAAAAGACACGCAAGCAUCGAAAAUGCAACGGAUUCAAAACCAAAAUUCGAGCGUUACAUUUCCAACAAUCUCAACAAUAAUAAUAAUCAAUUUAAUAUAAUUUACGAAAUAACAAAAGCGUUAAAAUUCUGGCGAGCCAAACAAGUAGAUGGUUUUUAUUUAAAAGACUUGGAGCACCAUAUCAAUAACAAUACAUAUAUAAUUGAUGCUUUGAAUUACUGGCGAAAUAUUAUCGAGUCCGAUAAAAUUCUCAUGUGCCACUGGAAAGUAUUGAAAGCUAUUAGCGAUAAUGAAGUUAAGACGACCUUGAUUAGAACAAUGAAUUUAAUAGACGUGACACUUAAUUUUGGCAAUGGAACCCAAGAAAUGAAGAAGCAAAUUGAUGAAGUUAUAAGCAGUCAAGUAUUUGGAAAAUUGAAUAAUGAGAAAAUUAAUAGCAGACCGUGGAUUCAUUGGUCUACUGGAGGAAUCGAGAGACGAUUGAUUAAUAAUUUGGGUGUUCAGAAUGCCAGUUUUGCUGCUACUGUGUUAUCUAUGAUGUUACCUGGUACUCCAAGUUUGUUUUACGGAGAUGAAAUCGGAAUGGGCGAUUGUGCAUGUGAAGAUCAUAAUGAUUUAGAACAUCUGCAUAGUUUACCACCAAUGCCUUGGCAAGUUGUUUUGAAUAACAAGUCGGAAGGAUUUUCAAUGAACGGAAUGAUUUUUCCAUGGCUACCGGCUUCUAAUGUAUUUUCAAAUGAAAAUGCUAUUAUGGAAGACUCGUUGGGAAAAAUGAUUCGCCUAAGGCAGUCUACUGCACCGAUUUUCAGUGAUACUGCGAAAAGACACGAGCUGUUUGGGGUUAAUUGUGAAGUCAAAUACGCUCGCGAUGAAUUAAUUAUUAUUGAGCGAUGGUAUACACGUCAAAAUACAUACAUUUAUCUAGGUAAUUUUGGUAACACAACGCACAAAAAAGAUUUUUCUUCAUUUUUUUACGAAGGACGGAUUUUAGUUGGACCCUUGAAAAAAAUAAAUCAAACUAUUCACUUUAAAGAAUUUACCAUUGCACCUGGUGAAGCUUUUGUCAUACAACUAGAGAAAUAAGUUAUACAACUACCUCGAUAAUUUUAUAGAUUAUUAUAUUUUUCUUUCUUCAAUAAAAUUAAAUAAUUUAUUUUCUA